UCACAACUGUCACUACCUGAUCUUUGUUUCUGUCAAAUUUUGCUCGAUAUUUGUAGAUUUUAUGAUAUUAUUCAAGUAUUUCUUGUUUAAUUUAAUAGCGGAUGAUUUUAUAAUAAUAAUAUAUGUAACUCAUUGAAAUUGGAUACAUUCGGAGACUAAAUGAAGGUUACUUCGCAGUUCACCUAACUGUAAUCAACACAUCCUAUUGUGGACAAUUAUUUGAUUCUGAUGUGGCCCAAUCAUGUCGAGUCGAACUGUGACUUCGUUAUCUUAGCUUAUUUUCUUUUGUAUGUUAAAGUGUAGUGGUAAAACUAAGUCUGAACUGUAAAAUGGCGUACCAAACGCUACUCCAAGAAUAUAUGCUCAUACCCCCAGUCACUAGAGCAUACACUACAGCUUGUGUUGUCACUACAUUAGCUGUUCAAUUGGAUCUAGUGUCACCAUUUCAAUUAUAUUUUAAUCCUAAUCUAAUAUUAAGGAAAUACCAACUAUGGAGGCUAAUAAGUACAUUCCUCUUUUUUGGAAAUUUAGGAUUCAACUUUUUCUUCAAUAUGAUAUUUACCUACAGAUACUGUAGAAUGCUUGAAGAGGGCUCAUUCAGAGGGAGAACUGCAGACUUUGUUGUUAUGUUUGUGUUUGGAGGAGUCCUCAUGAUUAUAGGUGCUUUCUUCGUGAAUUUAUUAUUUUUAGGACAAGCAUUUACUAUUAUGAUUGUGUAUGUAUGGUCUCGUAGAAAUGUCUUUGUGAGAAUGAACUUCUUUGGCCUGAUGAACUUCCAGGCUCCUUACCUCCCCUGGGUAUUGCUGGGCUUCUCAGUUUUACUUGGUAAUGCAAUAUCAGUAGACUUAGUUGGAAUGGCUAUUGGCCACAUAUACUUCUUUAUGGAAGAUGUACUACCAAGACAAAAUGGGGGUCAAAAAAUACUAAAAACACCAAAGUUUUUGAAGAAGCUGUUUGAUCCCGCCCCUGAACCAGAAUACGGCCCACUCCCAGAUCUCGAUCACCUAAGACCAGGUGGAUUUGACUGGCGUCGUCGUAAUGACGAAGAUGAAGCCAGAUAAGUUAGCUUUGGUCAAAACUUCCUAUAAUGAUGAAAUUACAAAGCCAAAAUGUUUAUUUAAGAAUGUGUUUCUGGAUUUCUUCUCUUUCUAUUAUUUAUCAUGGUUCUUAUAAAUUUUCUUCAAAACCUAAUUCUAUAGAAGAAGCAAAAGACUUUGGUUGAAAAGAUAUAUUUUUAUAUUUCUAGAAACUAAUUCAAUAUCAAAUUAUCUAGGUACUAUGUAAAGUCUUAUUUUCUUUCAAGUAAUUCACAAUAAUUUUAAUUUAUAAUACAGAGGUUAAGGUGCCAAUUUUAUUGUACUAACUUAAUUUUACUGUCACACUGAAUAGCAGAAAGAAAGGUAGAAGAUGGCAACACUUAUUCAAUAAGACAGUAGAUAUUUAUGAUUAGAUUCUGAAAUCUGUCAACUAAAAACAAUAAAAUGUCUUAUUGGAAAAGAAGUUUAGUAAAUUUUUCAUUGUAACAGCAAGUAGUAUGGAAAAGGUAAAAUUAAGUUAAUAUUGUCUGUGUGUGAGUAUGUACAAUAGAUGGCGCCCUUGUUUGUCGAGGGUAACGGUGAUAGUAAACACACUGUAUCUGGAUUUGUACAAAGUAAAUGCUUACGUGAUUACAUUUACGUCAUAGUGGUGAAUCGAUAAUGUAUUUUGUGUAAAAAAGUUUAUUGAUAAGGGUCUGUUAUUUGUGAAUACAAACUAUUGAUAAAAA